AUGCCGGUCAUAAAAGAAGCAUUAAAAAUUAAUUCUAACGGCUUGGAGAUAACAUAUUUUAAAACUUUGAGUAUAUCGAUCGGUAUACUAGAAGGACCUGCAGCUUUACCUGUUUUUAAAGAUGAUAUUAUAUCCUCAAUUUCCUCUCUUGUAGUAGGAAAAACUGCAAAACUAUUGCUUUCUGGUGUAGGUAAAUAAUCUAAUGGGGAAUUCUGUACGUUUGGUAUCUUAGUUAAAAGUUUGUUACCUAUAUUGGCAAAAUAGUUAUUGAAAGCAUUUGCCACCAACUUUGGAUUUAUUAUUUCUUGGCUAUUUUCUACAAUUUUAAUAAGUUUAUGAGAUGACUGUGGUUUAAAGUGAACAAUUUGUUUAAUUACUUUCCAUAAAUUUUUUGCUAUUAUGUUUAUUGUCAAGGAAGUAUUUAUUAUAAUAUUGUUUCUUACUCAGCUUUAGAAGAUGAUUCAAUUUCUUCCUAUAAUAUUUAAAUUUAUUGUAAUAAUAAAUUGAUUUAGUUUUAAGAAAUUUUUUAUGCCAUCUGUUUUUUAUUUGGAUUGACCAUUUUAGUGCAAGCGUAAUCCAUGGUUUAGAGUUUAGCUUAAGUUCUUUUCAUGUUAUUUGCUUUACUGGUAUAUGCUUAUCUAUUAUAACUGAGAUUCGGUCAUAAAAUGAGUGGAACAUUGAAGAUGGGUCAAGUUCUGAGACAAAAACUUCAUCCCAGUUGAUAUUUUGAACAUCAUUAAUUAGAUCUGAAUAAUUCAAUUUGGAGUAAUCUCUCUUAUAUAGUUUUAUAUUAGUCGGAAGAGAAGUGAAUUUAUCAAAAAUUAGGAAAUUUGGUAAAUGAUCAGUAAUAUCAUAUACAAUGUUGCCACUAAUAACAAAAUGUUCAAAGGUAUUCAAAAACAUAUUAUCAAUUAAUGUGGCUGAAUGAUCAGUUAUUCUAGUUGGUUGCAAGAUAUGGGGUUCAGCACACCUGUCGUUACCAAUCGAGGUGGCAUUUAAACAUUGAAGGCAUGCCAUCUUUGGAAGAUCCUCCUUGCAUUUAAUUUUGAUAACAUCACUAUUUUCAUCCUUUCUCAAGUAAAUUAUUCCGUUAGAGUUGAUUAAAGAAAUUUUAACAGAACGUCCUUUUGAUAAUCCUAAAGGUUCGAGGCGAAUAGGACUAGUUUGGGAAAGAAUCGUCGACAAUUUAAAUUCAAGAGCAGAUGUAGUCUUCAACUUGAAGGACAUCAGGGCUGUACGCGAUCGCUAUAACUUGUUAGCAAAAAAAAUACAAAAAGGAGAGGAAAUUAAUGCUUCGGGCAUUGGCACUGAUGAGCCAAGUGAGCUUGAAGACGCCAUUGAGGAAGCUGUUGCUCUUUUUGAGAGUCAAGAAGAGGAACGAGAAAAGGAAAAAACUGCUAAAGAUGAGGACAGAAGUCAAGCAGAA